UCCCGAGCGCCUCGGCUCCGUCACCUCCGGGCGGGCGCGGCGGAGCGGCCGGGCGGGAGCGGCAGGUGUAAUUUUGACAUGAGGAAAGGCUGAGAGAAUUGGGAGUGUUCAGCCUGGCGAGGAGAAGCUCCGCGGUGAACUAAUUGUGGCCUUCCAGUACGUGAAGGGAGCUUACAGGAGAGAGGCAGUCUCCAAACUCCACCAUGAGUUCUCUCUUUGAGCCCCAGUUCCUGAACGUCAUCUUUGGAGUUGUGUGCGGCGUGUGCCUGGGCUGGGGCAUCCGGGGGAGGCUCCGCAGGAAGCCUGGAGCUGGGAUAAUGCCAGAGCCUUCCAGCAGCCUGGGGGGCGAGGCCGACAUCAUGGGAGAGUCCGGGGAGCUCAAGCUGGUGCUGGUCGUCCGCAACGACCUGAAGAUGGGCAAGGGCAAAGUAGCAGCACAGUGCUCCCAUGCUGCUGUCUCUGCCUACAAGCAGGUUCACAAAAGGAAUCCCGAGCUCCUGAAGCAGUGGGAAUAUUGUGGGCAACCUAAAGUUGUCCUCAAAGCUCCAGAUGAAGAGACUCUGGUGCAGCUGCUGGCCGAGGCGAAGCGCCUGGGGCUGACUGUGAGCUUGAUACAGGAUGCUGGGCGUACUCAGAUAGCUCCAGGCUCCAGGACAGUCCUUGGGAUCGGACCAGGACCAGCUGAUGUCAUAGAUAAGGUUUCUGGUCACCUUAAACUCUUCUAAACCGGUACCAAAAAGACCUGGAUGUGUUCGUGUAUGUCAGUACUGAAGGGAUAAAAAUCCAGGUUGGGUUGGUUUGUUUCUGUUUCCAUGUCUUCCCACAGUGUUAAUAAAAUAAGCAAGUUUUGUAAGAUUUGAAUUCGUAAA